CCGGCCCUCUGCGCCCCCGCCGGCGCCGGCCGGCCCCGCGGCGCGGGCGCUGGCGCCAGCGAGCGCCCAGCAGCCGGCUGCCAUGGGCGGCGAGGGUCUGCCGCAACCGCCCUUCCAGAAGAUGGGGCUCGCGAAGAUCCCCCCGGCCAGCGACGAGGCCUCCGUGCCCAGCGCCCGCGCUCCCAGCGCGGCGGAGGCGGGGCUCGGCUGGGGGGCGGCCGCCGACCCGGCCAGGUGCCCGUCCCCGAAGAGCCGCUGCGCCGCAGAGUCCCGGUCCUGCUUGCCCCCCCUGGCGGCGGCGCCGCCGUGGUGUGCGCGGCGGCGGGCGCCUGCGCCGGCGGCCAGCCCGGCGGCAGGGCGGCGGCGGGCGGCUGUGCGACAAGGUCUCCCCGGGCGGCAGCCUCCCCCGCGCGGCAGCGGCAGGCCUCGCCGCGCGGCGACGCCCUGAAGGCGGCCGUGCGCGAGGCGGUGCGGCUGGAGCUGGCGGACUUCUUCGGCCGCCGGGGGGAGCUGCUGCCGCGCAGCGGCCGCUCGAAGAGCACGGCAACAGGGUCGAUGAGCCCGAGGUGGGCUACGCACGAGCAGGGCCCGUCGCGCCUGGAGCCAGACACUUCCUCGAGGUGGGCGCCGGCAGCGUGUGCUGAGAUGUCCUCGCUGCGGAGCGAGGCCUCGGACACGGACCACGAGCACGACCACUUCAAGACCUUCGUUCAACAAGUGGCGCCGGCCACGCACACAACAGACAGCCUGGCGCUGCGCCUCGCGGCCAAGGCCUCACGGGGGCCUUGUGGCCAUCAGCGCUUGUUCCGCUUCUUCAAGUGGCUGUGGGAGCUCCACGAGCCGCCCCGGAGCGGCCGGCUGGCGCAGUUUGUGGGCUCCGACUUCUUCGAGCGGGGAGUGCAGUCUGUGAUUGUGCUGAACUGCAUCGUCAUGCUCUUCGCGGCGAACGACGAGAUGGCGAAUUAUGAGAGGCCCAACCCGACGCUGAAGCACAUCGGCGACGCCUUCCAGAUGUUCUACAUGGUGGAAAUCUGCCUGAAGCUGUGCGUUCACCGCCUCUACUUCUUCUGGAACCAGGACGCCGGCUACAACAGCUUCGACUUCUUCCUCGUGGCCUGUGGGCUCCUGGACCUGGUCGUGAGCAGCGGCGGGUCCGGGUCCCUGGCCCUGCGCGCCGCACGCCUGCUGAAGAUGGCGAAGUCCCUGCGCGCCGUGCGGGUCAUCUCGAAGUUCAGGAACCUGCGCGCAAUUCUCCUCUGCAUCCAGGGGUCCUUCUUGACCCUCAUGUGGAGCGUGCUCAUGCUCUGCGUUGUGUUCUACAUGUUCUCCCUCACCUUCGUCGAGCAGGCGGCCAGCCUCCGCAAGGACUUGCUCGGCCAGGACUUGGAGGAUGAGCGUCAGGCACGCAUUGACUACCUGUUCACCAACUUCGGCGACGUGUUUCGAGGCAUGCUGACACUGGCGAUGGCGGCCCUCGGCGGCGAGGAUUGGGGGACGCCCUACCGGAGCAUUGAGGAGUGCGGGUUUCUGGCGGCCUUUUGUUACCUGAUGUUCAUCUCGUUUACGCAGAUCGCGCUCAUCAAGGCACGACGGCGGGUAUCAUCACCGGAAUUUUUGUGGAAUCCGCGAUGCAGAAUUUGGCGCCUGGGAAGGAGGCGUUGGCGCGGGAGCUGCAGUUGGAGAAGGAGGGGCACAUGAGGGAACUCAUCAAGCUCUGCAACGAGGUGGACACGAACACCAACAACAUGCUGAGGAAGGAAGAGUUCCGGGACGGCCUCAAGAAUGGCCGGAUCCCACUGUUGCUGCAGCUGAUUGGGCUCAAUCGACACGACUUGGAGCGCUUCUUCGACGUGCUGAGCCGGGCUUCCCCCAACGGCGAAGUCGAGAUCACGAGCUUCGUCAACGGAUGCAUGCUCCUGUCGGGCGCUGCGACAAGCUUCGACCUGCAGAUGCUGACGGUGGACGUGAAGGGCAUCCAGAAGCAGCAGCAAAAGGACUUCCGAGAUAUGAGGCGGCGGCUUCAGAGGGUUGAGCAGGUCAUGGAGGUUGCGCUGCCGGCUGGCGACAGCUUGGCCAAGGUGCCCAUGCACACGGACGCUGCGCUCAUGGGGCGCCCGUGCUCCAGUGAGAUGGACCCGCUGUGAGGGAGGGCUGGCAUCUCAACAUCCUCUUCCGCCCCCGCCAGGGUCAGCAUCGGACGCACAUCUCAUUCGGUCCGGCGACAGAGCGGGUCCGCGGUAUAAUGCCCGACGCUAGGAGCGAACAAACGGUUCCGAGUAGCAGAGGCCAAUAAACCUCAGUGGCGCCAAAGGUUGCGCCCAUGCCGUCUUAAUAUCCGGGGCCGGCGGAUUUUCCAUAAUUUUUCGGACUGCUGGCCCAUGUGUUGUUGGCGCCUAACGGACGAAGCACAGGCGAGUGGCGUAAAUGUCGAAACGGUGUCGGAUUGCGUCGGAUUGCCGCAUCCGUGUGUAAUGAUAUGUCAGUGUAACGCUAUAUUCGCUGCUUGGCUGAAAGAUUCGCCGAGCGGGCAUUCGCUUCUUUGCUGGGCUGACGGGUCAACAAACACUCUCGCUCGUAAUGUUCUAAUUCGAAUGGAUUUUUCUGCCGCAUGUCGGGAGAAAUACUCCGCUCUUCCCGUCCCCGCCCCUCUCCCACUCCUGCUCUGCAUGCCAGAUUUCUCGCGCAUUGCCACAUACCAUUCGCAGUUGUCUGUCGAGCUUCGGCCGAAGAGGAGG